AAUGAUAACCUGAUAGCUGAUCAUGAUAGUAGCCUUGUGGUCUUGCCUGUAAGCUGUAGCCUGUCACAGCAGACUCCAUCCCGUCCGAUCUUCAUAUUUCUGCAGAUGACAAGCCAGGGUUUCAUCUGUCGAUUUAAUAUACUUCUAUUGCCACCUCCUGAACACGCCAGCCAGCCAAGUCUGCCAGUCUGCCUACUGGCUGGCUGUUCACUUUCGACCAGGCUUCUGGAAUCCAGAAAGGGGGAUGGAUACAUCGGAUACCAGAAUACGGUAUUGUACGUACCGUACAUCGUAUUUGUGGCUGUGCGAAUGGAUCGAGAGGAACGGAACGAUCAAACUCAACAAAAAGAAAGAAAACACAUGGCAACAAAAAAAAAAGGCCCCAAGUGGAGAAGCGAAAAAGGGAUUCGAGAAAAAACAAAACAAACGGGAAAUUGGACUCCACCGAAAAUAAAUGGAGAAGGAGGAGUUCAUUCCGCACCGUUGGAAAGUUUGGCCCUUCCGCUUUGCAACGGAGUCUACUUAGUGUGUGUCCAUCAUGUGGGCGGAUUUGCGGUCAAGUUUGCGAUUGAAGCUUGAGAAUUAGACACAGUUAGAAAGUUCAAAUUGAUUAUUUUGAUUCACUAUUUGGCUUCGGUUUCUGAUUUGGGUCGAGACUGGUUGGUUUCAACAACAGACAAGGUUUUGUCAUGAUAUAAUUGACUUGCUGGUCUCCAUCCGCUAUGGGAAAUAGUCAAUCGCCUUGCCGGAGUACUCCGCUGCACCUUGAUCCUGUUCCUGACUACUGCACCUUGAUUUUUUUUCGCCUCCUGCACCAAGUGUACU